AUGGUUGCUACCCAUGGUCCAAGUUUCAUUGCGGCACUGCACAUCGGGGAUUUGAAUGCUGAGCUGAAGAAGAGAGGGAAGCAGCUUGGACGAGGUAGUGGGGUGAGUGGUUGGAAGAACAACUUCGACGAGGCCACUGGGAAACUGUACUGGGAGAACUUGGGAAAGUGGGUACAGGAGGGAAAGAUCUUGAUACCGAAGUUUAGGAUCAUCGAGGGUCUCAACGCUGAUUUGGUAUAUGAAGCCCUCGAUAGUUAUAAGGGUCAGAAAUCCGUGCUUCGGGCUGUUGUACAUCCUUGA